AUGACGCUUGAAGACAUGUCGAUUUCUCAAGGUCAAGAAGCGGAAGAACACCCCUCGCCUCAAGCUCGCCCACAAGGAAGCGCGGUUGAAACUGAAAUCAUCUGGUCCGACGAGAAGAAAUUCAACCUCGAUGGACCGGAUGGCUUUCAGUACUACUGGGAGGAUCUUCGCAAAGAACCUGCCUCGUUCUUCACUCGCGCUAACAAUGGGGGCGGCGUGAUGGUGUGGGAGAACAAGCCGAACGGCCGUCUGGCCAAAGGAAAGGCCAAGGAGAUCCUUCUCAAGUUUGGCAUUUCGAGGCAAACGUUGUCCAAGCGUUGUUGGCUGCUUCCGAUGGGAUACCCUCGACAACGCUUUGGCGUGUACUUCAGUAAAAAAGUUGCGGCGCCGAACGAGCCGACUGAAACCAUGGUCACUGACAAACACAAAGCGGAUCGUGUCGCGUUUAUACGUUCCUUCGUCCGCGAGUCGCCACGAGUCUCAAUGUGCUGGGACGAUAUGCUGGAUCGUGUUCACAUCGGCAAAAUGUGGUUCUAUCUUACGUUGGUCAACCCCCGAUACUACCUCUGGCAUGACGAGGCCGUACCUGUACGCAAGUGUUCCUCCAAGCGUCACAUCAUCGUGGUGAUGUUCUUGACCGCGGUGGCGCGUGUACACUUUGACUACGCGCAAAAGACAAUGUGGGAUGGGAAGGUCGGCAUGUGGCCAUUUGUGACCGCGGAGCCAGUACGACGUAUGAGCAACAACCGAGAUCGCGAAGCUUUGGUCACGACACCUGUAACUAUCACCAAGAACGUGUACUGUGAGUACCUGCUGCAACAAGUCAUUCCAAGCAUCAAGUAG